AUGCGCUUCAAAGCGACCCUCAAGGACGCCAAGGGCCUGCUUGGUGUUCUGCAGGUGUGCCGCAGUAUCCAACGCGACUGCAUCGUGCGCCUGCAGUCAGAGCGCAUCCGCUUCUUCUCGAACACGAACGCCGCAGAUGGGGUGCAGGUGUGGAUGCGAUGCCAGUCGUCGUUUCUCUUCUCCGAGAUGGUCUGCGACUCCGGCUACGAUGAGCACUCCAUCACGUGCGAGGUGCUCGACCUCGCACAGCUCAUCCACAUCGUAAAGCAGGCAGAGACGCGCGAUCGAUCUCACCAAGGGACCACCUCGCGUGUGCAGGUGCGGCUGGCCCGCAACGGGCGGUAUCCAUUGUGGCGGGUAGCCAUGCAGGGACUCUCUGGUCAGCCAGACCUGAGCUUUGACGUUCCGCUGCGCAUCCUCGGGGACCGCGAAAUCCAAAGUCUGUCUCCGCCACCGCUAGAGAGGCAGCACCUGCAGAUUCUGGUGCCAGACAUGCUAGAGCUUACCACCUUUAUUGACAAGCUGAAGAACACGGCAGCCGAUAGCGUCACCUUUUCGGCGCGCGUGCUGAUGCCGCCGACGCCGCGGCACGGCACAGAGGACGGCGAGGCCGAAGACGCCGAUGAUGGGGCGGGGGUGCGCCGGGGGGUGAAGCGGCCGCGCGACAAGGACACGCUACCACUGGCGAGCCUUCUCAUCUACGCCGAGCACUUCAUGGCGCGCUUCUCUCUCAAGUACGAGGCGGUCGAACUGGUGGAGCAGCCGGAGAGGGAAGACGAUGAUGACGGUGACGAUGAUGACGGCGGUGCCGUGGAUGACGUUCGCGUGGCUACUGUCAUGGUCGAGACGCGGAAGUUCGCGCGCUUCUUUUCGGCUGUGAAGGAGCUGGACCCGAUGAAGAUGUGCAUGUACUUGGUGGACCACCGAGCACUCGUGCUUAGCGUGUUCGCAGUUGGGAACACCGCGAUGGUGGCCUAUAUCCCCGCAAGAGCGUAG